AUGUCAUCAUCGAAUAAUAAAUUGUUAUUAUUAACAAUGUUUAGUGUAGGAUUCCUCAUUGGAGGAGCCGUGGGGUUCGUUGGCGUAAAUCAGCAGCAGCAGCAACAUCAAAUUCAUGAUAUCGAAAAUGAUCAAGAACAAGAAAUUGAUGAUGAUGACAUUACAGUAGUAAAUUGUAAAUUUUACAACAAACAAUCAUACCUUUCCUCCCAUCACACAUCAUUCCCAUCCCCACAUUCAUCCCUAUCAAAUUCUCCCACAUCAUCGGUUAUUCCAAAAUUACAUCAACUUCACAUACAUCAAAAAGAACUUUAUAAGAAGCAACAAACAUUACAUUCUUAUAUAAUAACAUUCAAUCAUAAAUAUACUUGCUUAUUAACCGAAACAAAUGUUUUUAAGGGGUAUUCCUGUUUACAAAUGUCUAAGUCAAAAGAGAAGUUGGAUUUGUUACAGCAAAAAAUUAAAUGUAAAGGUAAAUCCGUAUCGGACAAUAUUAACGGAGGUUUUGGAUAUAUUUUAGAAAUUAAGAAUUAUAUGAAAAUGCAAAUGGCUGAAAUGAAAUGGUUGGAACAAUUUAAGGAAACGUACGAAGAAAAGUUGGAGAACUCCAUGAAGGAAUUAGAUAAAAUGAAAGAGGAAUUUAAUGAAUUUAACGCAAAUCCCGUUAUCCAUCGGCGUCGACAUCGUAAGAUAAGGAGGUCAUCAGGUAUCAACGCGGAAAACAAAGAACAAGAUGGUGAAAACGAAUUUUGUACCAUAAAUCCAAUUUCAAAUAGUACGUAUGAAAAUUCAACGCCAUCAUUCGUUCCACUUUCCGCAUCGAUUCAAUCUGCGCCUCCUUCACCCCCACAUUUUAAAACCCCGUCAAGGAUAGUCCCUACAAAUUACGGAAGUGAGAUCAAGUUGAAAUUAAUGACCACAGAGGACAAAGUUUUACGAUCAUCAAACAUAAGAGAACGAUACAUGAAAUAUCGACCAACGAUAAGUUCAAGACUUAAUCCUGUUCGUCGAUGUGAACUUGGUCUUCGAAGUUCGGUCGGGGUGCUCUCACCUCGUUAUCUUUCAGAUGUAAAGAUGGAUACCGGAUAUAACGAAGAUGUAUGA